UGAAACUGUUUAAAAAAGUACUCUACUUAUAGUGUUGGAGUAAGAUAAAUCCAAGAAUAGGUAAAAGUGUGAAACGGAUUGGGUAACAAGCUACUUUUCUAAAAUAUUCUAAUCUAACACUCGCGCUAGAAUUAAAAUAUAAUAUAUAGCAAAAUAUUGACUUUUCUUUUAACGCUAGAACCACCAAAGUAAAUAGUAUAACCAGUUUGUAAUUUUUCUCUUAGAAGUUUUCUAGAUAAAAUGUUGUUUUUCUGCUUGCAGUAUGUACAUGUUUGCGUCACUUUCACUUUUCUUUUUCAAUUUCUUUCAUACAAUUUUUAAAGGAUGAUCUCAAACAAAUUCCAUUCUUUUCGACAAACAAUCGAGCAAAGCAUUGGUAUCCGCAGUCUCCGGUAUCCCAUUACAGAAAACGCGGAUCUAGUCUUUGGCCGAAGCGAUGAGAAAACGAGACGCGAGCAAAUAAACGGGCAAUUGAUGCAGAAGAGGAAGAAGAAGAAGAAGAAGAAGAAGAAGAAGAAGAAGAAGAAGAAGAAGAAGAAGAAGAAGAAGAAGAAGAAGAAGAAGAAGAAGCGGAGGGCGUGGCGAAAGAUGCCGGAUUCCGGAUCGAGGGAUUCGGUGAACGGAUCCGCCUGUCCUUCGACGAUUCCGCUGGUUCCUGGUUCGAAGACACCGUCGCGCCGAGCCGACUCGGUCUUCCCCUCUGCCUCUGUGUAUAUAAGUCAAAACCAGAUCGGAAGCAAGGUGCACAGCCUGAACAGUCCCUCGUAGAGCAAGGAGGUUCGCACAGGGAAUACGCUAACCGAUCGCACGAUGCAAUCACUGAUUCCGCUGAUGCUGGCUCUGAGCCUAGCUUCAGGAGCGCGUCUGAACCUGGUCCCGUACGCGUACUUGUCCACCCCUGUUCCAGUAUUCAACCAUUUCCAGAACACGAGGACAGGUGAACAUGCUUACAGCUACGCUGGUGGGCCAUCCGCGAAAGAAGAAAUCAAAGAUGCCGAUGGAAUUGUCCGUGGUUCCUACAGCUAUGUGGACGCCAAUGGAAUUCUUCAAUCAGCCUUCUACGUCGCCGAUGAGAACGGAUUCCGUGUAGCCGCGACGAAUAUUCCUUCGGAUGAAAAUUCCAACAGCGAAACGACUCACAUCAUCCUCGCUAGGAGCGCAGGCAAAGCAUCUUCGACGUUUAGUCGCAGAAGACGUAGCUUGGAGGAUUCAAACCUGGAUUCUAAUGAAAAUAAUGCUAAUCGGAAUGGACAAUCUGAGAAUUUCGAUAAGGAUAAGGAUGUCGCGCAAGAUUCGUCACAGAUUGUGUCGCAACCUCUGUUGUUGAGCAACGGCAUUCCGCUGGCGACCUCACAUCAGAGUCAAGUUCAAGUGCAUAGCAGCGCGCGGUUGGACGUGGCGGAAGGCGAGGCCAAGGCGAAACCGGUUGACCUGAAGCCGAUCCUGCCGGUGCAGACCAUAUUGGAAGGGUUGCCAGUGCUCGCUCGCGCGCCUACCUAUCACGAGAACCGCAUAGAAUUGCACAAGCAGUUGGGAAUCGAGGGGCCCAGGCCGAAAAAUGCGGUUAAGAUAAACCCAGAGCCACUGACCAUCGUCCGAUCUUCUCCGCCGGCUAAUCAUAUUGCUUCUACCAUCGUCUCUAGGGGAACUGUUGCUGCGGUGCCUGUCAUCGCCGAGCAAUCUAUACCUGUUAUCCCAGCUGCUGAAAUUGGCACCGCGUCCGUAACCACGUCCAUCUCUAGUCACGGUGUUACUCAAAUUCAUGGACCAUGGAAAAUCACCGACGGAGAUGUAGCUAUCCCCGGUAUUCCAAACGUUGUUGCUAAAGAAAGUAUUCCUGUAGCUGUGGAGAAGAAGAACGUACCAAUUACUACUGCUGGAAUCGUUAAAGAGGCUGUUUCUGUGAUACCAAUUACCAAGGAAGCUGAUCUGGCUACAGCUACGGUUACUACAUCCGUUUCCAGUCAUGGGAUCAGUCAGAUUCAUGGCGACUCCAAGGUGAAUAUCGAACCUGCGUGGCUAGUUAAGGCUACACCCAUUGCUCAGCUUCAUCCCGUUGUCAAUGUUGUACCGAUUUAUCUUCGUUAGAUUCUUCGUCAAAAUGGAUGAAAUAGGAAAAAGGUGUUGAUCGAAACGAACUGAUCCGCGAAACGAGUAGAAAUUAGAUCGGUCAUCGGUGCUGGCGAACAGAAAGCGAGAGUGUGGAUCGACGAUCGAUCUAUGACUGAUUCUACCGGCGCCUACUGCGUUUCUUUACACUUUGUCGCCUUUUCGCUCAAUUUAGCGUUGGGAAUCACUUUAACGAUCGAUCGUUCUUCGUGAUUGACAAUAAAAAUGAUUUCUCGCGCGUAAAAUAGUUUUUCGUUCCUGCUUUCUGAUUCUUCGCAUUCUUGUCUACAUCUUUCGAACGAGCUUAUGUCGCAAUUUGGACGUAUUUCAGAUCGAAUUGGAAAGUUUUCCAGUUUCAAACAUUUUGUAUUUGUGAGUUAAAGAAAAAGAAAAUGAAAAAAUUAAAAAUGGCUUUUUUAUCUUUCUACUCCCGACAGAAAUCUCAAGAGGGGAAAAAAUAUUCGGAUAUUUAGAUAAAAUUCAACGAGCUGUUGAAUAACCGGCCUGUUAUACGUAUGAAAUUAUAGGAUUGUCUCGUUAACGAGUUAACGAUCGGCUGAUCGAAUGACGAAAAUUAAGACUCGAUCGAAAUAUAAUCUCGGGCAAGAUGCGCGUAAAGUAUUUAAAAAUUAUAUACUAAACGCGAGAAACUAGCCGAUAUAGAGCUGGUUUAAAGCGAUAUAGUGAACGUGUAAACUAACUGAUAAAUUAUCGCACCCUGCAAAACAUGUCGUCGACCGAUUGGAAAAUAGCAGCAGAUUAUCGCGUUUGCUUGUUUUUAGCGUAUCGAAUCAGGAAGGAUUCCCUGGACGGCGCGGCGCAAUGAUGAAAACGUAGUGGCGCGUUUGUCACGGUCACCGUUGUUCACCGUGGGAAAUGCGCCGUAUACCCUUGGCCUUGAACGCUAUUCAGCUUCUCAUUAUCCGGAAUAUAUUACAGCAUUAAAGCAGCGCGCGUGUCCAAUGAAACGUCGGAUUAGUCCCGGCUAACUACGAACGUCUUCCCAGUCCCUUUCUUCCUAGUUUCUCGAUGAAUUCCGUGGACCGUUUUCCAUCCAGCCGUUGCAGGAUAGGGAGAGACGAGAGACUAUUAUCCAACAUACUUUUAUAUUAAAUAUAAACAUUUUGUAUAAUUUUAUCAAGUAAAAUUUAUCAAGUUAGAGAAAGUAGAAUCGAAAUCGGAAACCAGUAAAAGGUAUCGUAGAAACAGUUAAGUACAAUUUACAUUGGCAUUUUCCAUCCCUUGUGUCACUUUAUCGCGAUAAAUAAGCUUGUAGCAGUGUUAGUUAUCAGUCUGACUUUUCAGAUGUCUGACCGCGUAUCGUCGUACUCGCUUGUUCGUUUGAUUUCACGUUUACGCUUUGUAUAUGUUAGAGCUGAGACGUAAGAGAUUUACUCUGUGGAAUUACAUUUCGGCUCUCGAUUACUUGCUGCGUGGCUAUCUAAAGGAACGGCGAGGGAAGAACUUGGCGAAAACAUUGGCGCAAAAGUUCGAACAGCGUGUAAUAGACGUUAUCCGUGAGGUUCGUACAUUUAACAAUACCGUUAUAAAAUGGAAAAGUUAUUUUCGAAUAAAGUUGAUUUUCGAAGGAGCGAUAGCGGAGGAAAGAGUCGAGCCGAUGGAAAAAAGCCAAAGAAUCCGGAUCACCUUCCAGCCAAGUCAAGUGCACGGUCAGGGUGAAGGAACUCGAGCCAGAUGAGCGGCGCGAUUAGAAGCGGCUGAACGUAUCUCUUAAUACGUGUCGCGCUUGUCCGCGCGCGCGUGGGCGUGUCGUGACUCGUGACGAACGAGCUUCAUUUUCCGAUAAUUCUCACAUCCUUCGAUCUUAUUUUUCUCAAUCCUAUUUUUUAUUUUAUAUAUUUACAUAUUUCAUCGGUAUUAUCAGCAUAUUUAUUAACGCGUUAUUAAUAGGCCGAUUUAACUUGCUAUACGAACUUGCAGAAAUGUAAAUUGUUUUACAUUUUUCGAUAGAUUCAUCGUUAAAUUAUCCCAAGCAAGUUAUGUCGUAGUUGUGCACUAUUCCAUCGUGGAAUAGGAUUUUUACAAACGAUUCAAGUAGCUACAUUUUAACUUUUUUUUCGGUACUUUUUACAUUGCAAUUCGUUUUAUCUGCUUUUAUAUUUGGAAAUACUUAUACGCUAUAAUAACUUGAUCGAUACUUUAUUCGUUUUUGUGACGCUAGAAUGCAAUCGAUAUAGGAUGCAAAG